GAUCGCGAGACAGAAACUUUAUAUUUUGUAUUUCUGAUUAGGCAUGUCUUACUCGGUUUUGAGCAAACCCAGGAUAAUUCGGGCGAAAUUAGGUAAUGAUGAACGUGGGGCAGUGGGUAAAGGUGGAGCGGGGACGCAAAAGGUCCAAGUCGAAAGUACAGGUGUGAGGAAAGGGAAAACUACAGCUAAUGAUCCAGGCACAACUGCAGGUAAAGGUGUAGGUAAACACAUAGAUACAUGUACAGCUGAGGGCAGUACUACUGUCUUGCGAAGAUGUGCUGCCACCCAUCAAAGAUAUACUCUGCAGGAGUCAGCGCCAAAAACCACCUACAGUUAUGGUGCAUAUUCGGUGACUGUACCAGACCAGAAGAAGUGGAGUAAUUUACAAAAAAAAGCAACUGCAGAGUUGGCUGCAUUGGAAAAGUUGAAACGUCGGAAUAUUGGUCACGUUUCCAUUACUCCAAGAGCAGUUGGAGGAAAACUAACGCAAGAGGAAGUUAGAAGAAGACAACAACAGAACUUCAGUAAGGCAGAAAUAAUACAGGCUGAAAUAAGUGGACAACAAAGUCCAAAGAAAAAAACCUGAACCGAAUCAAUGGAUCUUACACUGCAUGGUGCCUCCUUGAUGCUGGAAUGUAUGAACAGAAUCUCAAAACCAAUCAACAUAAGGGCAUAACCAUUAAUGUGACAGGGUAGUGUUCCUUUAUCCAACUGAGUUUGAAGAGUCCCUUUAUCUUCUUGUAAGAGGAACAAUAAGAACUUGAAUUUGUAUCCCCCCUUUGUCAUUUUCUUACCACUGGCUUGAAGAAAAAGUUGCUGAAGCUGUUUCCAUUGGUUUUUGCAUUGCUGCCUGAAGGAGCAGCACUUCCUUUGUUUUCCAUCUAAAGCAAUGUAUCCUGUUUUGCUCAGUAGUUUGUGUCAUCAGUUUAAACCUGCUUGAGGAAAAUGUGCUUUUAACCUUGAAUCGUGUU